AUGCGCGACGGGACUUCAGAGGUCGAUCAUUUUCAUCCGAUCGAUUCCCGAUACGCUAGCUUACCUUACGGCCACAUCACGCCAGGCUGGCCCAAUUAUUCACCUCUAGCGGUACAAGGGCUUGAAUAUCGGCAGAUGUCGCAACCAGAUCUCUUGGGAGAUCAACCGUCCUUUGGCGCGUUGGGGCCUGAUCUGGAAAUUUCUUCGAGCCGAGUUUCGACCGAUUCUUCGAGCUAUUCUAGUGUAUUCAAAGGCUUGAACCCACCUACAUCAUCUGCAGUAGCUGCAGUAGCCGCUGCCAAUGCAUCCCUCGUUAGCCAUCCGACUCAGAUCAAUAAUCCUCGUGAUUUCACUUCGGCCCCCAGCAGGACUGUUUACCUCGGCAAUAUUCCUCCUAACUUACAGCCUAAAGAAUUACUAGACCAUAUAAGAUGUGGUGUCGUCGAAGAGGUUAAAGUGCUGCACGACAAGAAUUGUGCGUUCGUGUCUUUUCUGGAUAAGAGUUCUGCUCUUUUAUUCCAUUCAGACGCUAUUUUGAGAAGGCUUAUCAUUGAUGGUCGCGAUAUCAAAGUAGGUUGGGGCAAACCCAAGCCCCUCGAACCUUUGGUGGCUUUGGCUACGGCUAACGAAGGUGCUACGAGAAAUGUUUUCAUAGGGCGACUUAACACGCCCCAUUCCAAAGUUCAUUCACUUGAGGAAUGUAUCACGGAAAGCCAACUUCUCGAGGAUAUGAGCAUGUUCGGUGAAGUUGAGAACAUCAAAAUUAUUGAAAAUAAGGGAAUUGCAUUCGUUCAUUUCACAUCUAUUUUGAGUGCUAUCAAAGCCGUUUCUAAUAUUGCAUCCAUGAAUCAUUAUUAUGUCGACAAGAAACUUUUCUAUGGGAAAGAUCGAUGUGCAUUUAUCUCCAAAGCCCAAAAACACAACGCUGCCCAAUUCCUGGGUAUACAGCCUGGAAACGAAAGGGCAGUUUCCUAUUCCGACAGAGACUUCAUUGCAAAUACGUUGCUACAACAAUCGGCGGCCGCCGCGGCUAUCGCAACAGCUGCUGGUGGAGCUAACAAUCUUGGCAACAGGACGAUAUAUUUGGGGAAUUUGCCUAAGGACGUCAAAAUUGAAGAAGUUUGCAAUGUUAUUCGUGGUGGACUUUUACAAAAUAUUAAACUCCUGACGGACAGAAAUGUAUGUUUCGUCACUUUUAUUGAUCCAACCGCUGCCGCUCAAUUUUAUGCAAUGACCUCUCUUCAUGGCUUGACGCUAAAGAGCAAACGGGCCAAAAUUGGUUGGGGAAAGCAUUCGGGUCCACUCCCAAAUGCACUCGCACUGGCUGUGAGUCAUGGGGCUUCCCGAAAUAUUUACAUUGGAAACAUAAAUUUCGCGAAACACGAGAAACAGGGUGAACCUAUUAUCACGGAAGAUUAUUUGCGCGCAGUUUUCCAGGAAUUUGGGGAAGUUGAGCAGAUCAAUUUUCUUUGGGAAAAAAGCUGCUGUUUUGUUAAUUUCACAAACAUUGAAAAUGCAAUUACUGCCCUCGAAAAGGUCAAGGGCAUAGCUGCAUUUGACAAUGUCAAAAUCAAUUUCGGGAAGGAUAGGUGCGCGAGCGUUGCACGCCACUUUCGCUGA